CCCGCCCUGCCUCCGCGGCAUGCCCACGCCGGGAGCCGGCAGCGUGAAGGGAGGCGGCGUCCAUCGGCGCCGCUCAGCCGAGGCUGCGAGGAGAAGCGGCUUUUUUAGCCUCCCGCGGGGACCGCUCUCUGACUGAAACCGCCGGUGCGGGUCGCGUAACGGAAGGCGGCCCUCGCGGGUGGGCGCUGGAGGGGAGCGAGGCCUGCCAGGCCGUCCCCCGGGCCCCGCCGCCGCCCGCCCGCCCGGCCUGAGAGGGCAUGCGGGGCUAGCCCACGCCGGCAGCCAGCCAGCCAGCGGCGCCUCCCCUGCCCGCCGCCCCCCGGCCCAGCCUCGGUGGUCGCUGUGGAGCUGGCUUCAGGCGGUCCCAAGAUGUUCAGCUGGCUGGGCACCGACGACCGCCGGAGGAAGGACCCCGAGGUGUUUCAGACGGUCAGCGAGGGCCUGAAAAAGCUCUACAAAACCAAGCUGCUCCCCCUGGAAGAGCACUACAAGUUCCACGAGUUCCACUCGCCGGCCCUGGAGGAUGCCGACUUCGACAACAAGCCCAUGGUGCUCCUCGUGGGGCAGUACUCCACUGGGAAGACCACCUUCAUCAGGUACCUGCUGGAGCAGGAUUUCCCAGGGAUGAGGAUUGGACCAGAGCCUACAACUGACUCCUUUAUAGCAGUUAUGCAAGGAGAUGUGGAAGGAAUCGUUCCUGGAAAUGCGUUGGUUGUGGAUCCCAAAAAACCGUUCAGGAAACUCAACGCCUUUGGCAAUGCCUUUUUGAACAGGUUCGUUUGUGCCCAACUACCUAAUCCUGUGUUAGAGAGCAUCAGCGUCAUUGAUACGCCAGGAAUCCUUUCUGGAGAAAAACAGAGAAUUAGCAGAGGUUAUGACUUCGCCGCUGUGCUGGAGUGGUUUGCAGAGCGGGUUGACCGCAUCAUUCUCCUUUUUGAUGCACACAAGCUGGACAUCUCUGAUGAGUUCUCUGAGGUCAUCAAGGCCCUGAAGAACCAUGAGGACAAGAUGAGAGUUGUUCUCAACAAGGCUGACCAGAUAGAGACUCAACAGCUGAUGCGGGUGUACGGUGCCCUCAUGUGGUCCCUGGGAAAGAUCGUCAACACUCCUGAGGUCAUCAGGGUCUACAUUGGCUCCUUCUGGUCCCAUCCGUUGCUCAUCCCCGACAACCGCAAGUUGUUUGAGGCAGAGGAGCAGGACCUGUUCAGGGAUAUCCAGAGCCUGCCCCGCAAUGCAGCCCUGAGGAAGCUGAAUGAUCUCAUCAAGCGAGCACGGCUGGCCAAGGUCCAUGCCUACAUCAUCAGUUCCCUAAAGAAGGAAAUGCCCUCAAUGUUUGGGAAAGACAAUAAAAAGAAAGAGCUCGUUAACAACUUGGGAGAGAUUUAUGCCCGCAUUGAACGGGAGCAUCAGAUCUCACCAGGAGACUUCCCUAAUCUGAGAAAGAUGCAGGAUCAGUUGCAAGCCCAGGAUUUUAGCAAGUUCCAGCCUCUGAAGAGCAAGCUGCUGGAGACCGUGGAAGACAUGCUGGCCAAUGACAUCGCCCAGCUCAUGGUGCUCGUACGCCAGGAAGAGUCACAGCGGCCGACCCAGAUGGUGAAGGGAGGAGCCUUCGAGGGCACCUUGCAUGGUCCAUUCGGCCAUGGCUAUGGCGAAGGCGCUGGUGAAGGGAUCGAUGAUGCCGAGUGGGUGGUGGCCAGGGACAAGCCCAUGUAUGAUGAGAUCUUCUACACACUCUCGCCUGUUGAUGGUAAAAUAACUGGUGCCAAUGCAAAGAAGGAGAUGGUAAGGUCUAAGCUGCCCAACACGGUGCUGGGCAAGAUAUGGAAACUGGCUGACAUCGACAAAGAUGGCAUGCUGGAUGAUGAGGAGUUUGCCUUGGCGAAUCAUCUCAUUAAAGUCAAGUUGGAGGGUCAUGAGCUGCCAAAUGAGCUCCCUUCCCAUCUCCUCCCUCCAUCCAAAAGGAAAAUAACAGAGUGAAAGGAAGGUUACAGGGGAGAGGGAAAGGGAAGGGGAAAAAAAGAUCGAGAAAAACAUGUUUACUUAAGUUAUACCUUUAGAUGUGAGAUCACCUUUGGAUUUAUACCUAUUUUGCUGUAUGAAGAAAAAAAAACUAAAAAGCAGAACAAAAAAGUCCAAUCCUUCUUCAUGAUAAUAUGCAAUUAACUCUUCCAAUGUAAUGUCCCUGCUUUCUAAUGUGUAGUCUGUAAAUAUGAAGGUAAAGAAAGGAUGUUGAGACUAGGAGAAUCUGAUAAGCAGGAAUAGAAGAAAAACUGAAGUGGGCUGCAUUUUUUGAGAGUGGAAUAGGCACUAAUAGAAAUCUGCUAACUGCCAGUAUCAUUCCUGAGCUUUGGCUGCACCUUCUGCUGUUUAACAGGUCUCUCAAACUUCAGGAGACUGAGAUCUUGAUAGUGAAGAGGAAACCACAAGGUCUCCAAGCUAUUGGCCAAACUAAAGAGCACUUCCCAAUUAACAUAAGCCCACACUAAAAUACUAGAUACUAAACCCCAGAGUUAAGAAUUUUAGGAACCUUGAUUCACUGUUAGAUGCAAAUUUUACAAGUGUUUCCCUGUCCUUAAAGAAAAAAAUAUAAAUAAAAUCUGAAACAGCUCUGAACUGGGCAGCUGGAGUUCCUCAUUGUUUGCUGUGGGACAGGCACUAAGAAUUCCCAAUCAUCUCUACCUCCCAUUCAGUCCCCGGGGGAGAUUUGUUCUGCAGGCAUGGCCAAGAGAACCACCCCCCCAAGGGAAACAGAAGGAGGGGGCACUGGAGGCAGACAUCAGCUGGGCUGGAGGGGAGGAACACCACUCCCAGGCUCACUGAACAUUUCACAACCAGUGGAUAGUGUUUUCUCUUUGAACAAUGGUGGUGUUUAUCAGUCCUGUGAAGUGGUAUGUUUACUCUCAUCGUGCACAGUGAAAGCUACUAGGUCCCAUUCUUGCUGUAAAGAUAAGAACCCCACACUGUCAGGUAGAUGGUCCAUCAUAAGAGCAGAGAACACAGUGGGGCAGUGGGCAGAGCUUGCUCUACUGCCUGUGCCCCCACAGAUAUAGCCGAGAUGUUGACAGCCUUCACCCACCCUCCUCCUCACCACACAGUAACACUUGAUCCCCUCCAGAACUUCUACCUUGAGCCAAGAGACCUUCCCCCCUUCUUUCAUGCUCUAUGAAAUUUUUGUUUUCAAGACCUGAUUUUGGCAGAAAUCCCCUGAUUUCCUAUUUUGUUUCCCAAACACACACACAUGCAGGCACUCUUCUGGUUUUUGUUGUUGCUUUGGAGCAGCGUAUUGUUCCAAUUCCUGUUGUCACUUUAUAUAAGCUGAGCUCCUACUGUGAUGAAAAACCAAGACAAGUAUAACUUAUUUUAUAUCUCUGUGUUCAUAUUAUAUAGAGAAAUAUAUUCUGUGUAUGUAGGAUGUGCUUACUGCAGUACGUUUAUCACUUGUCUUAAAAAUUAAUGCAUUAACCUUUUUUGUACCCUGGUCCUAAAACAUUAUUAAAAAAGAAAGGCCA